AUGGCAGUAGCUUCAUCCAGUAGGCCGGGGGAAAGCUCUCCUCGGCGAGAAUCUGGUGGAGAGGAGGAUGAUGAGUAUGCUCUACCCAGCGAUUACAAGGCCUACGUUCCGGUCGCUAAGCGUCGGGCUCAGCUUGCAUCUCAACUCGGCUCAAGGUCAAAGAGAGUGAAAAUGUCAGAUGAGGUGGUCAAGGAGAUGGAAGAGAAGAAACAGGAAGAGGAUGAAGAGGAAAAGGCGAGAGAAAAGGCAAGGAGAGAAAGGACACUCUUGCAAGCUGCUCAGGAAGUCAAGGAGAAGAGGGCCAUCGAAGAUGCCUCUAAGACGGCGGGUCAACUUGCAGAGGAAAAAGAAAUGGCUUUGUUGAAAGAGAUGGAGAGGGCGCAGAAGAAGUUGGCGGGUGCGAAAGAGAUUGCUGAGGGGACUGUUUGGACAGAAAGUCUGAAAACGACUUGGCGACCACCAGGAUUUAUCCGGGAUAUGUCAGAAGAGGAAUGGCAAGCGGUCAGGGAAAAGCAUCAUAUCAUAGUAGAGGGAGAGGAGAUACCCCCUCCGAUCACAAAUUUCCAAGAUAUGAAGAUCCCCAAGCCGAUAUUGGAGCAUCUGAAGAGGAAUGGAAUCAAGCGUCCUACACCUAUUCAGAUUCAGGGUAUACCCACGGCGUUUACCGGCCGAGAUAUGAUUGGGAUCGCAUUCACAGGAUCAGGCAAGACUCUUACUUUCACCCUACCAGCUAUCAUGCAAGCGCUCGAAAUGGAAUCCAAGAUCCCGUUUGUCCGAGGUGAAGGACCUGUCGGGCUCAUUGUGUGUCCAUCCCGGGAGCUCGCUCGACAAACGUAUGAAGGAUUACAGGCAAUGUGUAAAGCCCUGAAGGAGGGAGGGUAUCCCGAGUUGAGGAAUUUGCUCUGCAUUGGAGGUAUCAACAUGGCGGAUCAAGGGGACGUAUUGGGUCGAGGGGUCCAUAUUGCCGUGGCUACGCCAGGCAGGCUGAUGGAUAUGCUGGACAAGGGCAGGUUGAAUGCGAACAAUUGCAAAUAUCUAUGUAUGGAUGAAGCCGACAGGAUGAUAGAUAUGGGCUUCGAAGAGGAUGUCAGGAGCAUUAUGUCUCAUUUCAAGUAUCAACGUCAGACACUGUUAUUUUCCGCUACCAUGCCACGGAAGAUUCAAGACUUUGCUCAACAGUCAUUAAUCAAUCCGAUCCUGGUCAAUGUCGGUCGAGCGGGUGCUGCGAACAUGGAUGUCAUUCAGGAGGUCGAAUACGUCAAGCAAGAAGCCAAGAUGGUCUACUUGUUGGAAUGUUUGCAAAAGACCCCUCCGCCAGUCAUCAUCUUCAGUGACAGCAAGAACGAAGUGGAUGAUAUACAGGAGUACCUCUUGCUUAAAGGUGUGGAAGCGGUUGCCAUCCACGGCAGCAAGACUCAGGAAGAACGAGAAUACGCCAUUCGAUCAUUCAAAACCGGCGCAAAAGACGUGAUGGUAGCCUCUGGCGUCGCAUCUAAAGGACUCGACUUUAACGAAAUCCAGCAUGUCAUCGUGUACUCCAUGCCGAAGGAGAUUGAAGAUUAUGUGCAUGAAAUUGGACGAACGGGACGAUCCGGGAAAACGGGGAUUGCGACGACGUUUGUGAAUAUGAAUACGAGUGAACAGACCUUGUUGGAUCUAAAGUAUCUGUUGAUGGAAGCGAAGCAGAAGAUCCCCGAAUUUUUGCUAUCCAUAGACGACCCACGAGCAGCACACGGAACCUCACUCAAGGGUUGUCCGAUCUGUGGCGGUCUCGGUCACGGUAUCCAAGAUUGUCCCAAACUCGAAGACGCCAAUCGUAGAGCUCAAGCUGCGAGUCAGAAAUACGCAGGUGGAGGAUACUGA